UCCUUUCCAAAAAAAAAACCUUGAAAAAGAAAAGAAGGAAAGAAAAAAAAAGAAGAAAGAAUACAUCGGAGAUUUACAACAGUUGGUUGUAGAUGACAUGAUUUAUCUAGGAAAAAGUAGUGAACUUCCAGAAGAUGUUCCAAGAAAAGAAUGGGAAAGAAGGAAGGAUGUGAAUUAUGAGGCUUCAUCUUCAAUACAAGAGGGGGGUGCGUCUUUGAAGAGGAAAGAACAAAUGGGUUUGCAACUGUAGUUGCUGAGGUUCUUUGCUGUUGGAUGCUGUUGUUUGGUGCCUCAGGAAUGUGCCUAUUUGGCAAAUAUGGUUGAUUAUGCAUGCACACCUGAAGAAGUACAACAACAUUUCCAAUCAUGUGGCACAGUAAACAGAGUGACUAUACUGACAGAUAAAUUUGGCCAACCAAAGGGUUUUGCCUAUGUCGAGUUCCUUGAAACAGAAGCUGUUCAAGAGGCUAUUUCUCUGAAUGAAUCUGAGUUGCAUGGUCGGCAAUUGAAGGUUUUGCCUAAAAGGACCAAUGUGCCUGGUAUGAAGCAAUUCCGCCCUAGACGCUUCAAUCCUUAUAUGGGUUACCGCUUUAGGAGGCCAUAUGUACCCCCGUACUUCUACUCUCCAUAUGGUUAUGGGAAGGUUCCCAGGUUCAGAAGGCCAGCAAGAUACAUGCCCUACUACUAGAAAACUGUUUACAUCUGAUUUUGAUGGCUGCAUCAUCUACUAGAAGACCAUUAUAUCCGUAUUAUGAAUAGUUAAACUCUACUUAUCCUGGUAUUCUAGACAGGAUUAUUAUUGCAAAAUUGUUACAAAAUACAUUUAGUCUUACUGUUACUCAACGAUGUGAUUGUGGAUUAUGCACUCUUGCUUGAUGUGAACUAUCUAAUAAUGGAUAUGUUUUAUGGAAAUAUUGUAGCAUGU